AUGAAGUGGGAGGAGUUUAUUCAUAAGUUUCUUGCUAAGUAUUGUCCUCCCAGUGAGAUUGAGCAACUGGAAGUGGAAUUCUUUCAGCUAAAAAUGGGAAAUAAAACCUAUCGAGAGUAUGUUUCUCGUUUCAAUGACAUAUCUCGACUGGUUUCUUAUUUAGCAUUGACUGAGGAACAACUUAUCAAUAGGUUUAUUUGGGGUCUACCCUCUGAAAUGAGGGUGUUUAUCAAAUCCAAAUCCCCCAAGACUUUUCCCGAAACUGUUGAGGCUGGCGCCGUCAUGGCUGCCGAGAUGAUUCUGCGGCAGGCUGAAUCUCCCGCACCAAAAAGGAAGCGGGAAGAAAGAAAGGGGGACACCCAGAAUAACAACUUUAAAAGGCCUAAAACAUUUCCUCAAUGUCAAAAUUGCAAACGCUUUCAUACAGGGGAAUGUCGUUUUCCUUGUCCAAAUUGUAAAAAGACGGGUCAUGCUCUUCAAGAAUGCAAGGAAAAGAAGUGUUUCAAAUGUGGAGACCCUAACCACAUGAGAUCUGAAUGUCCCGAACUUAAAAGAAAUGAUAGGACACAACCAAAUCAGCCAAAAGGGCGGGCAUUUGUACUCACCACGGAAGAAGCCAAGACCAAUACAGACGUUAUCACGGGUACGUAUCUCGUAAAUGAUGUAUAUGCGCGUGUGUUAUUUGAUACCGGUGCAAAUAGAAGUCUAGUGUCGACUACCUUUAGACCUUACUUGAACCAGGCGUCCCAAACCCUAGAUCAUGCCUUUACAGUAGAAAUGGCUGAUGGAAGUCAAAGAGAGAUAGUUGGCAUAGUUAAGAAUUGUAAAAUAAGCUUAAACAACCAUGUUAUCCCUAUAGACCUAAUGCCUAUGGAACUUGGAGAAUUUGACAUAGUCAUAGGAAUGGACUGGUUGAUACCAUAUCAUGCGGAAGUUAUAUGUGACAAAAGGAUCGUCCGACUCCGAUUACCCAACGGCAAACAACUAACUGUAUCGGGAGACCGCACUGACAAGACUAAGAACCUCAUCACGAUAGCACAAGCACAUAAAUGCCUAAGGAAAGGGUAUGUUGCCUUUCUAGCAUAUGUCGUAAACACUACAGAAAAGCAGAAGGUCGAGGACGUGCCAAUAGUACGAGAAUACCCCGAAGUGUUUCCUGAUGAGCUCCCGGGACUACCAUCGGAUAGACAGGUUGAGUUACGCAUUGACCUAGUUCCCGGUAAGGCAAACAUAGUAGCAGAUGCUCUAAGUAGAAAAGAGAAACCUCAACCAAUAAGAAUUCGUGCAACCAGAAUAGAGGUUAAAACUAGUCUCUUAGAUCAAGUUAAGAAUAUACAACAAGAAGCCUUAAAAGAGAAUCAUAUUGUAAAAGAAAGAAUGAUCGGGAGACUGAAGCAAUUAGCAAUGGGAAAUGAUAAUAUCCUUAGGUUCAACAAUAGGAUAUGGGUUCCUAAUUUUGGAAGACUGCAGGAUACAAUCUUAGAGAAAGCUCAUAAGUCUAAGAAGCGCCUAGUGGACGAAGCCCAACAAAUACCCCUGGAAGACGUACAGGUUGACGACAAACUCAACUUCAUUGAAGAACCACUACAAAUCGAAGAUAGGAAGGUUAAAAAGUUACGCAAGAAGGAAAUCCCGUUAGUCAAAGUCAAGUGGAACGCACGUCAUGGACCCAACUUUACAUGGGAACUAGAAAACAUAAUGAAAGAUAAGUACCCUCAUCUUUUUAAGUAA